UAGUACCCGGAUGUGCACACUGUAGGUGUGUGUUGCUGUCUUGUCGUCGCUUCCGGUCUGAAGACACGUUUUGAAGGAUGGCAGCCGGCGUGUUGAGCGUGGCGAUUCAGACCAAAGUGAUGCGGCAGGUUAUGGAACCGAUCGAGAGUCAGGUGGAGCAAUUGGUUGUAGUGAAUGACACAAGAUACAAAGAUGGGUCUCGUAUGCCAAAUCUUGUUCCGUCUGCACAGCGAGUCAUCGAGACAACAGACAGACUGUCAGCAACAGCUGAACGUAUAGCAGUUGACAGCAAUGAUGAACAAUUACUCUCCGGCAUCAAGCCAGGCAUUGAGCAUCUCAAUGAGGCAAGUCGUGGCAUGUUGAAAGCCUCUAAAACACUAAAAAUGAACUCACUGGAUCGAACGGCACGAGCAACUCUCAUAGAAUCAGCACGAGGCGUCCUGGAGGGAACUCUGAAGUUGCUGUUGGAGUGUGACAGUGCCGAAGUGAGGAGGAUCGUACAGACUGCACAGUUGGUGAUGGACAAGGUUGCGUUCGUUGAGGGGGUGCAGUCGAUGCAUGCGCUCGUUGUUUGCUUUAAGGGAUUCUCUGAUUGUGUACUGGAACUUGCGAAUCUGGCAAACAAGAGACAACGACAAUUAGUUAAUCCACGUCAGAGAGAGAGGAUCGUCACGGCGCUGAGUAACCUAAAGAGAUUUGUGCCGAUGUUUUCCGAUUGCAUGCAACGCUUCAUCAAAUAUCAGACCAAUCCACAAGCGAAGGCUAGUCGAGACUACGUUGUCGGCCAGAUUAUGCUCGACGUGAUGGAGAUCAUUCGAGCUGUGGAAUCCGAAGCGUUCAGAGACGAAUUAGAACCUGGACUUGUUGCAUCGUCCAUGAACACACUGCAGCAGCGUUUGGGUCCGGGUAGUCGUCAUGCUGUGACGAGUGAGCUUGAGCAAUACAUGGAGGCUAUUGUACGUAACAGCAUGGCCGUUGCUCACUUCUGCAGUGACGCAAAACGAGAAGAAAUUAUCCAGUCAUGCCAUGAAGUUGCGAAGCUGAAACAGGAGCUGUCCGAAUGUCUCAACGAUGUACAAGCGAAUCCCAACUCACAGCAGGCGAGAGACAAGUUUGACGCUGUUGCCGAUCUUUUGUGUCAAGAAUUUCGUUUGUUGGAUCAUCUAGUCAAUAGUGCUGUUGUGCAGCAAGUGGCCAACGUGUUUGUCGAGACGGCAGCGCCAAUGCAUAAGCUGGUGGGAGCAGCAACAUCACCUGCCAGACAGGUGAUCAUCGAUCCUGCACGACAACUAGCCGAACACAUUGAAACAUUUAAAAACCACAACACCAGACUCAUUCAAGUCGCCAGCUCAGCUGCCGCUGGCUCACAAGACGCUCGACGCGUUCACGUUAUUCGUGUGACUGCUAGUGAGAUUGACAAGUUGACGCCUCAGAUCGUGUCUGCAGCUGUUGCUGUUCGACGCAACACUGAGGAUCUUGCUGCAAGAGAACAUUUGGAAAUGUUGAGGAAAGAGUGGGCAUCAAAGGUGCAGCUUCUCACGGCAACGAUUGAUGAGAUUACAGAUAAGGGAGACUUUAUGGCAGAAGCAGAGGGAAGCAUUCGUCAAGAGGUCGCUCACUGUCGUGACGCCAUUGCAGAAGGCGACCCACACAAGCUCGAACUCGCCACUCAAGCCAUCACCGGACGCUCCCGUCGCAUCGUCGAAGUUGCCAACGCCGAAAUCCUCAACAGCGACGACCCACAUUUUCACAACCGACUGCAGACCGGAACGUCACGCCUAGAAGCAGCUAUUCCGCUCGUUGCUGCUGGUUCGAACCGAGUGAUGGGCAAUCUGUAUGACGUGCAGGCGCAGAAGCAGUUUGCUGAGUCGACACGUGAGCUGGUGGACAGUGUACGAGGUAUACGGGAUGUACUGCAAGGUAAUACGGUGGAGGUCGGUAGUGGAUUUGUCGAUGGUGAACUGGAGAGGCCGCUGAUGUUCACACACGGUGAAUCAGGAUCAUACAUUCGAUCUGCCGAGAGAGUCAUCACCUCUCCAUACACUUCAUCCCCAUUAUACCAAGACGUAGCUUCAAGACACCAAAUCACCAGCCAAAGUCCUUCCUUCGAAGUCGAAAGCAUCAGCUCAUACAAACCGAAAGCAAGAGACGAGAGCGGCAUCCAAGAGAAGAAGAUGCUCUUGACAGGUCCGACACGCUCGCCUGCAGCUGCAGCCGUUGAGCAGCUUGAACGCAGUGCAGUCAUGAGGUCAGGCUUGGAACAGAGGCCGAGGCCGCGAUCGUCCGAAGUUGGUUCACAGACUGAGUUGAGCUUCAUUUCGGACGCUUCCACGGGAAUGUUGUCUCAAGUUGCAUUGGAGCGGCUUGUCAGUGCGGCGCAGUCUGGGCUGCUUGCUGAGGUUGAUGCCGAGUCUGCAGCGAUUAGAAAUCGAGGAGAUGUGUUGAUAAGUUUGGCAAAUGCUGCAGCAAAUUCGUCGUCUGAUCGCGACAAGAUCAGACUCGUUCAUGUCAUCUCUUCAGAGAUCGAGAAACUUGUGCCUCAACUGGUUGACGCUGCUCGUGUAGUCAACAAGGAUCCAUCCAACGCUGCAGCCGUUGAACGACUAAAAGUCCUCGGACGCACGUGGGCCGAGAAGGUCAACACACUGACAGCAACAGUUGACUCGAUGGUCGCUCCAUGGUCUGCGGUUGUCAUUCGUCUCUCGAAGGCUGCACUUGCAAGCGACACGGCUGGUCUCAAUGAACAUACGGAGGGUUUGAAAAUGUUUACCGAGAGAGUCUCAUCACUUGCUGCAGCUGCUGUUGAGGCCGCAGACGCCGAGGACAGUGUGGAUUUGAGUAGUGGGGAGUCGGGUGUCGCCGCUCUCCGUGAUCCUGCCGCAGCAAAACGAGUCGAAGUGCUACAGACAUUGAGCGGGCAAAUCGAGAAGAUGAUGCCGCAGUUGAUUAGCACAGCGAGAAAAGUGGCCGUCAGUACGAGUGACCAAGCUGCUGUUGAACAAUUUGAAAUUUUGUGUCGCGAUUGGGCAGGCAAAGUAAAGGCCCUCGUUGUAGCUGUUGAUGACAUCACUGUGGGUACGUCGUCUGUGGCCGAGGCUUUAGCGUCAUCGGCUGAACACAGUGAAAGGGUGAUGGUGAAGAAUCAUAGUGAUUCACUGAGAAGAUACGCACAUCUGUUGAAGGAAAUUGCAGAAGAUGCAACUGCUGGCUGCGGCGAUCCCGAAAAGAUCGAGUUAGUUCGCGUGACAGCAGGAGACGUCGAAAAGCUCACCGCUCAAUUAACCACAGCAGCAUCCGACGUUGUCGAAGACAUCACACUAGACAACCGGUCAGUCCGUUUUGCAGCUGUCGAACGAAUGGAACUCGUACGACGAGAAUGGGCCACAAAAGUCCACCUACUCACAGCUGUCGUCGACGAUCUCACAUCCGAGGUCUCAUCUCCGGUCGAUCGUCUAGCAGGAGCCGCUCUAGCCGUCAGCCGUAGUACGGGGCAACAACGCGAAAAGCACAUGGCGACAUUCCGUGAACAGUCAGCCGCUUUGAGAGACCGUGUGGCUGUCGUUGAGGAACGGGCGUCAGCUGCUGUCCGAGACUCGUUGGAGAGAGUGAAAGUCGAUCAGGUGUAUGCAUGUACGGACGAGAUCGUGAGGUUGACGCCGCAGGUAAUGGCCGAAGCGCGAGCAUUGGCUGAGAAUCCGGACCAGACGACGGUCGAACGGUUUCAGUUGUUGCGUCGUCAGUGGGCCGGUAAGGCGCAGCUGCUGGUGACGACGUUGGAUCAGAUACCGGAUUGUGACAUGAGUGCGGCGUCGGUUGCAAUUCAAGAGCUACUGAGUCCGUCUCAUAUUGCCUCUGACUUGCCUGGCUACCCAAGCAGUGGGCUUACAUUCGAAGAAUACAAUGAAGCGUCAGCAUCUGCUCGAAGGCAUGUCCAAUCAAGUUCUCCUGUGUUUCAUGGAGCUUUCAAUUCAGAUGAACAAUUUAUGACCGGUAAUUUACAAUCAACUAAAAUUUUUGGUUCGGAUGCACGACCCAAAUCUGAGUCGCCAACAAAAUCGUUUAUGUCUUCUUCUCCUCAGUCGGUUGCUCCUGCCUUUCAUCCUGCAACGAGAGGUCGACCAGUCAGUGUUAUUGAGACGCCGACAAUGUGGAGAGAAAUGUCUCAAACGGAUGAGGAUAUUGCUGCCGAUUUAUCAUCUAGAUCAAUACAGGAGUCUGCUCGUGUGUUGCAAGAUGAGGUUGAUCAGUUUGAACAAGGCGGAAACGAUUUCAUUGUCCUUGCCAACAAAAUGGCUAGUCAGAUGUUUCAGAUGGGAGAAUACACUCGAGGAAGAGGACAAUUACAGUCCAAACCCGAGAUGAUCAAUACUGCCAAGGCAAUUGCCUCUAACGGCAACAUCACCGUUCGAUAUGCUCAACUGAUUGCAGAACGAUGUGUAGACAAAAGAAUGCGAGCUGAUUUGCAGUACUAUGCCGAGAUGAUUCCAACGUUUACUCAACAGCUUCGUAUCAUUUCUUCAGUUAAAGCGGCUACUCCACGAGAUCCAUCGGCUGAUGUGAUACUAGUGAAGAAUGCUCAGAACCUGAUGCACGCUGUUAAGAAGACGAUGCAGGCUGCGGAAGCUGCCUGCAUGAAGGGCUUACGAGAUCUUGGUAAGGAUGAUGCAGCCCAGGAGCUUGCCUUUGACUGGAAACGCAAGGUAUACAAAGAGCGUGAUUUAGAGAAGUUCUCUGCACCAAUUACAGCUAAAGGUCUUCGCAAGUUGAGUCGAAACACUUCAGCUCCAAGUCUAUCUGGUUACGUCAAGUAGAUGACAAGCUCUGCAUGCAGUAUGACAUUUAUUGUGGCUAUUUGUUUUUGUCUGUUGUACUUGCUGUUUGGCUUGCAGUACAUUGUCAUGUGGAUGCUUUGUGAUGUGUGAUAUCAAUGAGACUAGCAAUCUUUUUGAUUGCUUUGUAUUAUCUCUUGGACAAUUAACUCUAGAUACUAAACAUACAUCAUAAACAAACAAUCACAUCAGUGAGUGCAUUAAUUGCAAAGCAAGA